AUGGUUCGCGCUGUCUGCCCCAACUCUACCCUCGCCAAUGCCCAAGUCUUGGGUUUCUACUUUAGACCGUGGCGUGACGAGUAUGUCGAGGCAGUUCCGGAGUACUUUCACUGUCGUUGCGUCACAGUCUGCAAGCAAACCAACCGGAAUGGAUAUUCCAACCUGAUGCAGCACGUACUGCAUCAGCACCCUGACCACGAGAGCGUCAUGCUCCAAGAUACGACGGCUGAGACUGGGUCGGUGCUCAACUUCGUACGGCACUCGCCUCCCAACUACUACUGCUGA